UACCCCUCCUCCUUCCUUGUCUCAUCCGUCGCCGGCGACGGCGGCUCCUGCCCAUGGUUUCGGCGGCAUUUGGGCGGCGAUGGUACGGAUCCCUCGUCGCCGUACGGUCAUAGCCGCUCGCCGUCCCCUCUGCAGCCUCUGCCAACUCGCGCCUCCGCGAUCCUUCCACGCCAAAUCUCAUCCAGUUUAGCUGGUUGGAUAGAAGGAAUGGAGAGCACUAUUAACAUCAGAACCUGGUUGGAAAAAUGACUUGGCAGCAGGUUCAAGUACCUACUUGUCUAUUCAUCAAUAAGGGAUUGUAGAUUCCAAAGCAGAGUUAUCGAAAGAUUUGUGAUUGGCUACCUUCCCUACUCACUAAAAGAAGCACUAAGGCCAUGCUGAAGGGAACUGGAUCCUGGAGUCUCUCAGACACCUAAGUGAUGAUACUGCAGUACUACAUCAUCAGGAAUCAACUGGGGGAGGGAGGAAUGCUAGUAACCAGAUGGUAACUGCCAAUACAUGGUUUUCUGACAAGCUCAAGAACUGCUGGUGUGUGACGCAUGUCACCACACGUUCUCUAUCGUUCCUCUAAAACAUCCAUCCUGUGGAACGGCUCCAGUGCUACAGCAACAGUGAGAAUAGCAGCAUGAAGAGGACAGUCACGCGUUCCUCACGUUUAAAUUGGCAUGAGCAGCACCAGUCCAGAAACCAGAACACUGAUCAGCUGACCAGCUAGCAAACUCCCUCUUGCAAAAUUCUGAGCAUGCAAGCAUCUUCCAUGGAGGCAAGCAACUGCUCCAUUGCACUGGAAAUUAGCCAUGCUGCAGCCCCAAGCUUACCUGUUCUGCUUCUUGGAUCUUCACUAGCUCUACUCACUGUGUUUCUGGUAUACUUCUAUGCACCUUUCUGGAGUGUGAGGACAGUUCCAGGGCCUCCAACCAGGUUCCCUAUAGGCCACCUUCAUCUUCUUGCCAAGAACGGACCGGAUGUCUUUCGCGCCAUCGCGAAGGAGUACGGUCCAAUCUUCAGGUUUCACAUGGGAAGGCAGCCACUGGUGAUUGUCGCAAAUGCUGAACUGUGCAAGGAGGUCGGCAUCAAGAAGUUCAAAGACAUUCGCAACCGGAGCACCCCUCCUCCCAACGUCGGCACGCUUCACCAGGACGCCCUCUUCCUCACCAGGGACUCGACAUGGUCGUCGAUGAGGAACAUGGUGAUCCCGCUGUACCAGCCGGCGAGGCUCGCCGGACUCAUCCCGACGAUGCAGUCGUACGUGGAAGCUCUGGUGGACAACAUCGCCGGGUGCCCAGACCAGGACUGCAUCCCUUUCUGCCAGCUCUCGCUGUGCAUGGCCAUCGACAUCAUCGGCAAGACGGCCUUCGGCAUCGAGUUCGGGCUGUCCAGGAAGGCGGCUGACACUGGCGCCGGCGGCGAGAGUGGCGACGAGGGCGACUACGACGUCAGGGAGUUCUUGAGGGAGUACAAGAAGUCCAUGGAGUUCAUCAAGAUGGACCUGUCGAGCUCGCUGUCCACCAUACUGGGGCUCUUCCUCCCGUGCUUGCAGACGCCGUGCAAGCGGCUGCUGCGGCGCGUGCCCGGCACGGCGGACUACAAGAUGGACCAGAACGAGCGCCGCCUGUGCCGCCGCAUCGACGCCAUCGUCGCCGGCCGGCGGCGGGACCGCGAAAGCCGCCGCGGCGGUGGCGACGGCGGGGGGUCACCCCACGCCGCCGCGCUGGACUUCAUCGCGGCGCUGCUGGACGCGAGGGAGAGCGGCGGCCACGGCGGCGGCAGGGAGUUCGCGCUGGAGGACCGGCACGUCCGGGCGCUGGCGUACGAGCACCUGAUCGCCGGCACCAAGACGACGGCGUUCACGGUGUCGUCGGUGGUGUACCUGGUCUCCUGCCACCCGCGCGUGGAGGAGAAGCUCCUCCGGGAGAUCGACGGGUUCGCGCCGCGCGGCCGCGCCCCCGACGCCGACGAGCUCCACGCCGGGCUCCCCUACCUCGACCAGAUCAUCAAGGAGGCCAUGCGCUUCCACCUCGUCUCGCCCCUCAUCGCCAGGGAGACCUCCGAGCCCGUCGAGAUCGCCGGCCACCUCCUCCCAAAGGGGGCGUACGUGUGGCUGGCGCCGGGGGUGCUGGCGAGGGACGCGGCGCAGUUCCCGGAGCCGGAGGAGUUCCGGCCGGAGCGGUUCGCGCCGGAGGCGGCGGAGGAGCGGGCGAGGCACCCGUACGCGCACAUCCCGUUCGGGAUCGGCCCGCGGGCGUGCGUCGGCCACCGGUUCGCGCUGCAGCAGGUGAAGCUCGCCGCCGUGCACCUCUACCGCCGCUACGUGUUCCGCCACUCGCCGGCGAUGGAGUCGCCCAUCCAGUUCGACUUCGACCUCGUCCUCGGCUUCCGCCAUGGCGUCAAGCUCAGAGCCAUCAAGAGGAGCCACACCUGAGCUCAGUGCCACUGGUGUACACGUGCGUGUAUUGUGCUAGCGUGUUUGCUAAAGAAAGCAGAUUGCAAAUCUGGCUUAGCUUGUGUGUACUAAUUUAGAAAUCGCAAGAUGUGGUGUUUGCAUAUAUUUCUCUCGCAUGUACAAAAUUUAUAUUAUGUACAGUUGAAGCUUGGAGUGUUACUGAUAUGUGAAAAAUGUUAACAUGUGUCCCUUGAAACUAUAUUGACGGGAUUGUCAGCCUCAUCGGCCUAAAUGAUAUAUUUACAAAUGAAAAA